AUGGACGGGGGGACGGGCCCCGGCGCCGAGGUGCUCUCCCCGGGCGAGGCCGAGUGGCCCCCAGAGCUCCGCCUCCCGCCACUGCCUCCCGUGCCGGAGCCGCCUCCGCCCGCGCGAAGGGCCGCGCCCCAUCUGCACCUGCAGCCGCAGCCGACUCCUCCCGCGGCGGCGACGAAGAAGGACCCGUCUCCGCCUCGCCACGGGGAGGGCUUUGAUGACCAGCAGUUCCUCGGAUCGAUCAUGGGGGCUGCGGCCUCGCCCCCGCAGCAGCAGCAGCAGCCGCCCGCCGCCGCGGCACCGGUGAAGAGGAAGAGAGGGAGGCCGCCGAAGAACAGGGACGGUGCGGCGCCGGUGCCUGCGCUGGUGAAGCCCGUGAACAAGAAGGACGAGGAGGUCGUGUGCUUCAUCUGCUUCGAUGGGGGCAACCUCGUGGUUUGCGACCGGAGGGGUUGCCCGAAGGUGUACCAUCCUGCAUGCAUCAAGCGAGACGAAUCCUUCUUUCGGAGUCGGGGCAAGUGGGAUUGUGGUUGGCACAUCUGCAGCAGCUGCGAAAAGGCAGUACAGUACAUGUGUUAUACUUGUACGUACUCUGUCUGCAAAGGAUGUGUCAAACAAGGCAAAUUCUUUGGCGUUAGAGGGAACAAGGGCUUCUGUGACACAUGUUAUGGUACUAUAUUACUGAUAGAAUCCAAAGAUGAUGGUGCAAAGGUUGGUGUUGAUUUUGAUGAUCAAAAUAGCUGGGAGUAUCUUUUCAAGUUAUAUUGGUUGGAUCUGAAAGGGAAGCAUUCACUAACGAUUGAAGAGCUAAAAAGUGCCAAGACCCAUUGGACUGUUCCUACUACUGCUGGUAGGAGAGAGAAAGAGGAGUCAUCUGAUGAACUAUAUGAUGCAAGCAAUGACCAAGAUGCUACUUUUGACAUUUCCUCAAAGAAACGGAGACAGAAUAACUCUUCAGGAAAAAGAGGACGAAAACGUAAAAUAGACGGUGGCAUUACUUCAAGGAAGUGUGGAACCUCAAUUAACAGUGCUGGAAGCUUACCAAAUGGAUCAGCAGGUGAAGGGAUGUCCUUGCCAGGUGACACAAAAUGGGCAUCAUCUGAGCUAUUGGAAUUCAUUGGACACAUGAGAAAUGGUGAUAGUUCUUAUAUUUCCCAGUUUGAUGUCCAGGUUCUUUUGCUUGAAUAUAUAAAGCAAAAUAACCUCCGUGAUCCUCGCAGAAAAAGUCAGAUUAUCUGUGAUGCAAGGCUUAGCAGUUUGUUUAGAAAACCACGUGUCGGUCAUACUGAGAUGCUAAAGCUUUUGGAAAUGCAUUAUCUUGUGAAACAGGCUCCAACAUUGAAUGCAGAUAGUCAGAGAGCAAUUGAUUCAGAUUCGGCUCAAGUAAACAAUGGAGGAUAUAAUGAGUUGACCGAUAAAUUAGGUUCUGAUAAGAGGAGGAAGGCUCAUAAGAAGAUUGAAAGAGAACUGACAAUUAAUCCAGAGGAUUAUGCAGCCAUUGACAUGCACAAUAUCAAUCUAAUUUACUUGCGUCGCAGCGUGAUGGAGGAUCUUAUUGAUGAGGUUGCUGCAUUCUCUGACAAAAUUGCUGGCGCUUUUGUGAGGAUAAGAAUUUCUGGUCUUGGCAACAAGCAAGAUAUGUACCGACUGGUGAAAGUUCUUGGUACACAUAAAGUUGCAGAGCGAUACACUGUCGGUAAGAAGACAACAGAUUAUGCUCUUGAGAUAUCUAAUUUAGAAAAAAAAGAGAUUAUCACAAUGGAUACGAUCUCAAAUCAGGAUUUCACAGAGGAGGAAUGCAAGCGCUUACGUCAGAGUAUGAAGUUUGGUCUAACUGCCCGGUUAAAAGUGGGAGAUGUCUAUGAGAAAGCUAAAAUCUUCCAAUCUCUGCGAUUUAAAGAUUGGUUGGAAAAUGAGAAACAGAGGCUGAGCCAUCUUCGUGAUCGUGCUAGUGAAACUGGACGUCGAAAGGAAUAUCCUUUUUCUCUUAAUAAUGCGCUGCUCUUACAUUUUCCUUGGUCCUUUGAUUGGACCAUGCAUCGGAAUGGACCAGAUCAAUUAUUUCCAGGAAGAAAAGGGACAGAACUGAAUUCUGUGGAGAAUCAUACACAAAAGAGUCUGGAUGCAAGCGGUCACAUUAGCAGUCUACCUACAGAGGAUGUGGACCAUAGAUCAGGUGCAGGAAGUAACAUUAAUUUAAACAACAUGGCACCUGAGCCUGCAUCACUUGGAGUUUUAUCAAAUGACACCGAGCCAGAAAAGGUUUGGCACUACAAGGACCCUAAUGGAAAUGUUCAGGGCCCAUUUACUCUUUUGCAGUUAUCCAGGUGGGCAAGUUUUUUCCCACGUGACCUGAGAAUAUGGCUUACAUUUGAGAGUGAGGAGAACUCACUACUGUUGACUGAAGUGCUCCCAAAGCAGCAGAAAGAUUUUAUUCAGCCUUCAGCAGUUACUACCAGUGAUAAAUCAAUAUGGGCAGGCUCUGGUCAAGAUAGAAUUAACUCAAAUGCAAAUAACUCUUCCUCCCCUAUGGGUUAUAACAUGGUCUGUUCUUCUGCAUUAUCUAGCUCGUCUGCUGAGUGUUAUGAUCCAACAAAAGAUCUAAAGCCUCUGGGUGGAACUUUGCCAUCAGGAUCUCCGAAAGAUGCUCAUGCUUUGCAUGAGGUCCAGAAUCAGGUUAACUAUUCAUCCACAAUUCUAUCUUCAGCUGGUCCAUAUGUACCACCCGGUUCUCAUGAUGAAAGGGUCUCAAGAGACAGGGUUGGUGAAUGGAACAGUUGUCAGGACAAUGGUGGUAUUUGGAGUCUAACCACCAAUCAUAGUCGGAAGAGUAAUGCGCAGCAGCAUCCUGAUGGUUGCACUGGGAAGCACCAAAUGCAAACUGAAUCUAAAUGUAGUUCACAUGUCUCAGUUCUUACUCCACAACAAUCUGAGAGAGACCCUGCCACUUCCCUUAGUACUACAAGUCGUCCGGAGUUCAAAGCCAUGUGCCAGCAGGAAGGUUCUUCAUGGAGUUCAGCUACAAAUGCUGGAACUCAUGACCUUCAGUUAUCUAUUGCUUUAGCAAAGCCAGAGACUUGUUCUCCAACAAAUCCUGUUGAAGACAGAGAUUCGAGUUCUGCUUCUGCUGUGUCUUGUCAGUCAGGGGCUCCUGCCUGCAUUCCCCAACCAGAUCCAACAUCUACAUCUAAUUCAAGGAAGAUCGAGGCAAACAUGGAUCAGCGUAAAACAUGCCAACCUGACACAUCAAGUGAAUCAUUUGAUCGGCUUCCUGAACCUAAAAGUGGCUCACUCUUUUCCUUGAAAACUCAACAUCUUGAGUCCGAUUACCCUAGUCCUAUACCAAAACUGGAGGGAAAGGAGACUUCCGUGAACCAGUCAGGAUCAACAUCAGUAGCACAUAAGAAUUUAGCUACAAAGACAUGUGUCCGCGCACCUACUAGUAAAAUUGAUAGCUUGCAACCACUUAAGGAAAGAUCAUGUCCAACAGAUAGGGACUCAAUCAAUCAAUUAGAGCAUUUGUUUGAAGAGAAUGUGAUAAAGAGAAAUAAUGAAGUGGUCAAUCCUGUAUCUGAUGCUGAAGGCAUUGCUGUAUCAGAUGUGUUGGAAUCGUUAACAGAACAAGAUUGUCCUUUACAAAAUUUAGUGCCAGCUUCAGCUGAGGAAGAACAACCACAAUGCUCUAGUCCUAUUGCAUUGUCCCCUUGGGGUGAACCAAGUUACUAUCAGGGUGAAGCUGUUGAUUCUGCUCUAUGGGGCGUCCAAGAUGACCCUGGUAAUGACAUGUGGUCAAUGCCUUCACCAACACCUGGUAUCCAGACUUCAUCAGGUCUUGGAGCUGAUGGAAAAGACGCUUCAUGCAUCAUAGAGGAGGCGAGAGCGGACCAAGGAGUUAGUGAUUUUGUCGAAACAUUACCAACACAAGGGGAGAAAAAGAUGGAACAUGCAAACUCAAGUGCCUCAGGUUCUUUAGUGCCAGAACAGGUUCACAAGCAUCGUGUCCCUCUACGCAAGGGAGCACAAAAUCUUCAGGUUGGCAGCGAAGUUCAUCCCUGGAUGGGAGCAGAAAAGCCUCAGCUUGGCAACGGUCAAGUACAUCACCAGAGGGGAGCAGAAAAGCUCAUGGCUGGCAACGAUCAGGUUCUUUUACCCAGGGGGGUACAAAAUCUGCAGGUUGGCAACCCUCUGGUUCUUCUACAGAUCGGAGUGCAAAAGUGGAUGUCUGGCAAGGAACAAGUUCAUCUCCAGAGGGAAGCAGAAAAGCUUCAGGUUGGCAUUCAUCAGGUCGUGAGAGCUCAAAGGUCACAUCUGGUGCCAGCGAAAACCGUAAAUUGUCUUCUAGUCACCAAGCGACGACACCAACAGGGAGGCACUCGUUGGCAAAGAAACAGGGAAGCAGCGACAAGGGUGCUGCUGGUUGGGAAGAGGCUCCAGGAAACUCUUUGGAAGCAUCCAAGAGACAACAGGGAAACAGCGACAAGAAUGCAGGCUGGGGAGAGGCUCUCGGAAGCAACAGGAGCUGGCAUCCAUCAUCUGGUAACCCCAGUCGGGGCAGCCAGGGGAAUCACCAACAUGACAGGCAUUUUCACAGCAGUGAUUCGCGGUGGGGUAGCUCAAACUACCCUAGGAGGUCUGACCAUCGUCAUGACCAUGGCAGUGGUGGUUCGUCAAGACCCUCGUCAAGAGGGCAGUCUCAUUGGGGGGUAUGUAAAUACUACGAGAAUGGCCACUGCUGGAAGGGUUCGAAAUGCCAGUACCUGCACCGGUGAUUGCCAUUGCCGUGGAAGCGGAACGCCCGAUUGCCUGGUCGCCCUCACAUUUUUGUAUAGCAGCAUAUGGUUUCGUCGUAGUGAGUAUAGGAGAACGCUUAUUAACCGUGUCAGCACCAUUAAGCUGCCAAGCACUCCUGGCCGGGCCUGCAUGGCGCUUUAUGUGGAUGCUGCCUCGUCGUGUCGUGGUGUGCCACUGGACCCCUCCACCUACGUAGGUAGACUCUUUGGUUACGGGCCGCAUCCUGCUACGCUCCAUGUGCGGUGA